GAGGUGGCCAGUAUAUUGGAUAUGUCAGGGAUCUAUUCUCGGUAGGUAGAAGUUUAAUUUGCUACAGUAUACAGAGCGAAGCUGCGCAAGGGUCACUCUCGUUUCUCGCGGCAAUUUGAGCUCUUCGUCUGCAAUGGGUGGUGAUUUGACUCCAAAAAAACGCCAUUCACUGGAAGGGAGUCGGUGAAGGUGUUGAUAGCUUCGCUGUGAAUGGCGAUCAGUGCUUGUCGAAAGUGAGUUGCGUCCAAAGUCUGGUCGGCGUAGUGUCUGAUGUCGUCGACAUAAUUGAGCAAUGACCUCUAGAGGUUCCUAGGAGGCGGUUCUUGUCCAAUCAGCUCACUGCAAGGAUGAUUUCUGCACCCCACCAGGAACUGCUUGGAGAGGAGUUUAUUACGCUCCUUAACUGGGCGCCUUUUUAUGCAGGUGUUCAAUAGGAGACAACAAGAGGCAUCGUAGUGCGGAUUGUAGUAUUCUGACAGGUUUGGAGCUUCCUCGUCUGCGUUUCACUACAUCCAGGUAUUGGUGCGGCGUCGUUUAGGACCGGCCGGUCGAUUGACUUGUAAGUUGCCAACAACGUUUCUUUGUCCUUUCUACAUGCGCUGUCGAUUAGAGACUUGAGGAUUUUGUUGCGGCUCUGUACUUUCGCGAUAAUUGCGGUCGUAUGAGGAGUGAAGGAGCAAAGGUAGUUGACAGUCGGAAUCUUAACGCCAUUUUCUUCUUCUUUAUUACUAUUAUUUUAUUAUUACUAUUAUUUACCUAUACGAGCGGUAUUAAUGUCAAGUCUAUACUCCUCCGUUGUGUUUGUAAAUAUGGUCGCUAUGGAUUUAGUGGGUGAGAGUAUUAAGUUCCGUGCAGAGAGGAAGCGAGAAAUAACAGAGAGAUAGCCGGUUACCUUUGAACACAUGCCUUCGAUUCCAUUGCCCGAAGUCAAUUUCGUGCUUUCUUCAGCGUAUGAGGUGACAAAAACUCUAUCUGGUGGCUUUGGUAGUUUCGAGAUAUAGAAGAUAAACAAUAGCGUUGAGAGUACAUCCUACUGAACUCUGAACUGUUUAAUCUUCUCAGUUUUAAGUUUUUAGCUCGAAUUGACAACCGCUCAAGUAGUUCAUGGUCCACCUCUUCAGUUCUAGAGGGAGCGUAGUUUUUUCGAUGUCCUGAUGUAGCGUUGUGGGACUGAUUGUGUCAAAGACUUUUGACAAGUCCAACGCUACGGGGAUCGUUCUCUUACUGGGUGGUUUCUGGUUAAGGCCACGAACUCUCUGGGAGUUUAAGAGUGAUCGGGUGAUGUUGUGCAUUUUUCGGAAGCCAUGCUGGUGGUUUGCUAGGCUUAGGUGGUGAGUGAACUCAUUUCUACUGUCAAAGUAUGCAUUACGGGUAAAAAUAAAAUAAAUUAUUAUUUAGUUAAUGUAUGUGAUCAAACAGGUGUUGGUCCUUGAAUUAUUGAAGAGAAGCUUAUCAAGUGCCUAUCGAUUGGCUCACUUGUUGCAUUUAUUUUGUUGUUGUUUUGUUAAUCAUAAAUACGUACGUGGGUUCAUAUGCACCUGAAAACCACCCAAGAUAAGCGCUGGUAUUUUACAUGGGCUGAAGUUCAGUGUUUGUCUAAAUUUUGUACACUUUCUAUCUCUCUCUCUCUCUCUCUCUCUCUUUCUCUUGAGGGGUUAUAUGGCUUUCACGGCUUAAAAAAUACAUAUUGUCUUAAUCCUUUAACAUUACUAGAAUAUUGUCCUAAAUUCUUAAGUUGACUCGAGAAUAAAAAAUAAAUAUUGAAAAUAUGUCGUUUUUUGCUCGACGAAACCCAUGUAAUCCCUUAACUAUGACCCACCUAUAUAAUAAGAAAAGUCAAUUCUUAUGAGCAUUCCGAGAAUAGUAUUAUGCAUUUUGAAUAGCAAAUCAACUGUACAAAGAAACUCAUUCCGUUCAUUCAUGUUUGCUUACGUCAUUUUUCUAUUAUUUACUUAAAAUAUUAUUUUUCGAAUUCGGUCGCAACGGUUGGUGCGGUGAAAAUCUGUGCAGAAUGCCUGCGCCCAGUGUAGCCAGUCUAUUUGUGGGAAUAUUAGUGGGCCUGAUAAUUGGCUACGUGGUUUGGGAAUGUGCCUACGCAUUCAUACCAUCUCUGAGAAAUAGUAAAUAUCACAUUACCGAAAGCGUACGAGUGUCAAUACAACCGACCACCGAAGUUGACGAUUUUCGCGAUGACAGUCAAUUAAUCGAUCUCUACAAUUUCACGUACAUCAUGAACCAGCCCAGCUGCACCCCCAACAUUCACGCAUUGGUGCUCGUACCUUCGGCGCCUGAGAAUCGGGAUAAACGCAAAUUGAUACGACAAACGUGGGCGAAUUUCGUCGAGUUGCCAUUACAUAAGAGUAACAUACCUUUUCGUGUGGUCUUCAUGCUUGGCAUUCCCGACACCGAGACGAGUCAGGCAGAGUUGGAGCGGGAGAAUUUCGAAUAUGACGAUAUGGUGCAAGGUUCAUUCGUCGAUAGCUAUGAGAACAUGACAUACAAACAUGUGAUGGCCAUGAAAUGGUUUCUCACCUUUUGUGGUAAUUCCAAGAUUCUCAUUAAAGUGGAUGACGAUGUUUUUCUCAACACACCGCAAUUGAUGAUCUACCUACACAACACCAUGUUACAUAAUCAGCUACCCCAAACGGACAAUCAUGGCGAUGAUCGCGUCACCAACAUCAGCAAGCCUUUGAAGCUACUCUUUAGACAACAGCGUGAUCUAUUGUUUUGCAAUCGAAAGAUCGGUGUACGUGUCCACCGUAGUUAUCGCUUUAGGUGGCACGCCAGCUAUAGGAGCUAUCCCAACAAAACAUAUCCACCAUACUGUCCGGGUUAUGGCAUUGUCUAUUCCGCCGAUGUUGUGCGACGCUUGUACGAUGCUGCACAGAGAGCCAAAUUCUUUUGGAUCGACGAUGUACACAUAACGGGUUUAUUGGCGAAACAGUUAAACAUACGGAUUGUUCCAGCGCAGGCUUAUACCGUAUUUUGCGCGAGAAACCAGCCCACUUGCGAUGUACUUCAAGAUAAAUCAGGUGAUUCCGACCCGCAUGAAUAUUUGUUUUCAUAUUCGCCGACAUAUGAUCAAAUGCACAACAUGUGGCAGCUGCACCUUGGCAGGCUGCGGGACUACAUUUUCAUGGAUGUGGAGAAGAGAGUUUCCCAUGUUGAUUCCUUUGAGACGGAAUUGUGGUAAUUGAUUUCUCUGUUGCAAUUGAAUUUCGAAUUUUUAUUAUCGGAAGGUAGGGUUUGUAAAUAUUUUGGACUGCUGAAGUUUAAUAAAACUGGUUAAAAUGCAAAUCCAUAUUGAUAUUAUUAUAAAACAGCCACUUUUUGUGGACAAAAAAUAAAUAUUCUAUGA